AUGGAGGCUCAGCAACAUCAGGACACACUGAGCCGCAGCAGGUUGGAGCUGCAGGGACUAAACCGCAUUAUGGACGAUAACAUGGACAGUGAUACUACAUUGGGGACCUUGGACUUCAGUUUGCAGUAUGACCAGGAGAACAAUGCACUGCACUGCACCAUUAACAAGGCCAAGGGGCUCAAGCCGAUGGACCACAACGGGCUUUCUGACCCUUAUGUCAAGUUGCACCUACUGCCCGGAGCCAGCAAGGCCAAUAAACUUCGAACCAAGACCCUGCACAACACACUCAACCCUGUCUGGAGCGAGACCUUGACCUACUACGGCAUCACCGACGAGGAUAUGGUCCGCAAAACACUCAGGUACUCUGACGUUUAUGUCCCGUGUGCCCAGAACGGAGAGGAAGAGAGAAUGAUGGGGAAGUGGGGAAGAACACCAGAAAAUAAAAAGCAAGAAGGAAGGAAUGAUGAAUGGCGAAAUAAAAAGAAAAGGAAUGAAAGAAAGGCAAAUAAGUGCCAGAAAAGGAAAGAUAUAGGGAAGGUAAUGAAAGCAAUGGAAGAGAUGGAAGGAAGAAGAAAAUGAAAGGAGCGAAAGGGGAGGACAAGAAGGAAGGAAGGAAUGAGGAAGGGAAAAUGAGAGGGGAGGAAAGGGGGGAAUGAAGGGAUGAAGAAACGGAGGGUGAAGGGAAGGAACACAAUUGAGAAGCGUAGAACAGGAAGGAAAGACGGGAAGGUAAUGA